GGAUGUUUUUGUUUGAUGGUUUGUAUCGUUGACUCGGAAUGACUGUCACAUCCUGAUUUUAAACCGCAGUUGUAGUUACAGUAUAAUCACCUCAGCUAACAAUGUGAAUGUAUACAUUGACCUGUUUGUAGGUUCCUAGCAGUAUUUGUUGUUGUCCGUGUCUCAAGAGCUGCCUACUUUGACCUUCUUUUACUGUCUAUGACUUUGACAGCAUUUGAAGUCAUCGUCCUGAAAGCAAAAAACAAACAAACAAACAAACAAACAAACAAACAAACAAACUACUACCUCACUACGCAGCUCGCUUGGUUGAUAUGAAUUCAUGUGGAAAUUUUACAACAUUAUCUUUUAAUUUAUAGGUUGACCAUUACUGCAGAAAGUCUUUAAUACGAAAAUUUCCUCUUUUUUCGAUUUUCUCUUUUUACUUUUUAUGUCUCAUAUAGGACAAAAUGACUGUAGAGGUGGAGAGAAAAUUUGUUUAUAAUGCAGAAAUGAUGGGGAAACUACCUCAUAUUGGAGCUAAAUACAUUGGUCAGCGGCAGUUUCAAGACCAGUACUUUGACACUCCAGAUUUCCUCCUCACACUAAAAGAUUUCUGGCUGAGAUGCCGAGAGGGAUUGUGGGAAUUGAAAUGCCCUGCAGUUUCAGGAACUACACCUGACAAUGAAACUCAGGCCCUUUGCUCACGAUACAGAGAGAUAACCAGUUUCCCUCUGAUUCAAUCAGAAGUCAAAGGGAUUAUCAAGGAACACACUGCUGAAGGGAGUGAAUCAAAUUCCUCACAAAGGGAACAAAUUGACAAAGUGGCAAAAAAGGAGGACACAGCGAUCUGUUCAGCAGAUGCUACAAAGUGGCUGUCUGACUUCAAUCUCAUCUGUUUUGCUGAGUUCAAGACCAAGCGCCGCUCAUUCAUGCUAGAGAGAGACGGUGCAGUGCGGGUGGAUCUGGACCAGGCUGAUUUCGGAUAUUGUGUGGGAGAGAUUGAGGUUCUGAUGCCUGAAGGAGGUGACAUGAAUGCAGCUCUGCAGAGGAUUACAAGCACUGCUGCAGAACUGGGUUUAAGCAGUGAGGAGAGAGUGAAGGGGAAAAUGUCUGUUUACCUUCAAAGAUAUCAACCAGACCACUAUGCAAAACUUCUCAAUGCUCAUAUUUUAUGAGGAAUCACUAGUGUAACAUGUAAUUUGUAGUUUUUAAUUGUAAUUAAUUUAAGAAAAAGUGCUCUACACAAAGAAAAAAGAAACUAAUCACUGUCGUGAAGUACAGAUAAAUACAGAUAAAGUAUUUCGAAGUACAGAAUGUAACAUUGCACUGUGACAUUGCAGUUUGCAGUCAAACAAAGCAGAUAUUUGAUUACAAAAUAUGAGUACCUUAAUAAAACAGUCUUUGUGAUUUGUUUUGGCACUACUACUGUUGAACUUCACUCUUAAAUGGUUGAGUUAAUUAUGAGUUACUGCAUAAUACUUUCAUGUUAAACAAGUUAUUUCUCUUUUUUUUUUCCGUAGUGAUGAAGUAUGUUUAUGAGCUGUUUAAUUCAUGAAAUUAAAUCAAAAUAAAAAAUGAAUUAAAAUGAAAUCCAUAAAAUGA